AUGGCAGCGGUUCGAGGACAUCAGUAUUUCAGUCUGCGCUGGAAUAACUACCAAAACACGAUGACGUCAGUGUUCCAGCAGCUGCGCGAGGAUCUCUCCUUCGUGGACGUCACCCUGUCCUGCGAGCACGGAUCCCUCAAGGCGCACAAGGUCGUCCUGUCCGCCUGUUCGACGUAUUUCCAAAAACUGCUGCUCGAGAAUCCGUGCAAACAUCCCACAAUCAUCCUUCCCGCCGACAUUAUCUUCACCGACCUGAAAACCAUCAUCGAUUUUGUUUAUCGUGGGGAAAUCGACGUCACCGAAUCGGAAUUACAGGGCCUCUUGCGCACCGCCGAGCAGCUAAAGAUCAAGGGACUCUGCGAAACCGCCGAGAACGCGGAUGACCUGAACGACGCGGCCACUGCAACGAUCACAGUUUCAGAGAACAUACAGCAGGCGGUCGUUGGCAAUAUAGUGAAUGCGACCAUAGUUCCCGGAGCUCCGUCGCCCUCCUUGGAACAGCAGCAGCAACAGCAGCAGGCGCAGGAGCAGCACCAGCAACAGCAGGUGCAUGCCCAGCAGCAACAGCAGCAGCAGCAAAUAAACGCUGCCCUGCUUACGCAACACGGAGUGUCCAGCGGAAGUGUUUCUCUUUCCGGGCAAUUGCUGAGCUCCUCGGCCAGCGGCAGCAGCGGAAGUUUAGCCGGCGCACAGCAGGCUACACAGACGCCAUCCGGUUUGCAGCCGACGCCGCGCAAGUCUCGACUAAAGCGCUCCAAAUCGCCGGAUUUGUCAUCGAGCGGAGGAGCAGGAAGCUCUGGAGGCUCGAGUAGCGGCUCAACGCAGCAACAACCGCAGCCGGCGCACCACCACCACCCGCAGACCAUUCUCAUCCAGGGCCAAAAUCCGAAUUCCAUUGUGAGCCUUCAGCAGACGGCCGACGGCAAUUACAUACCAGUUUCGGGUUCUGGCGACGAUUCAGACGCCGAGGACCACGAGCACGAACACAGCCACGGACACGGGCACGGGCACGGAGGACAUCCGCACGGACACGGUCACAGCCACGAUCACAGUCACGAUCACGAGCACGAACAUAAGCCGAACAAGAUCUGCAAGACCGAGCACUCGGUGGCCUCGCCGGCGUCCAAUUCAUCCAGCGCCUCGAACAAUGCAGCGGGCGUGAGCGGCGUGACAUCCACCGGCCAAGCCAUCGUCACACAAAUUGUAGUAGCGCGCGACGGAAAAGAUACAAAAAAUAUGACUAGUUUAGGCAUGGGCAUGAACGGCGGCCUGUUGGGCGUGCCCAUGGGAUUCCUGGACUUCACACCCGAGCCACCAGCACCAUCUGCCACCCCAGUCACCGUCACGGAGCACGUCGAUCUGUCCUGCAACCCUAGCACGGACACGCGCGACCUAUCAAAUACCACCGAACCGCUCGAUAUAGACAAUCAUCUGGCUCAGCAGAUCCAUCGACUCGAUCAGUCCCCCAUGCACUCGAUAUCGCACCACCAUACAGGCGAUGAAAGCAACUCGAAUCUGGUGCAGCAUAUCAAGAGCGAAGUGAUCGAGGCCAAGCACCUGGCUGCCCAGCACCAUGCACUUAGCCAGGCCCAACAGCAACAUGCCCAUCACCAGGCCCACCAGCAGCACCAACAGCAUCAGCAACAGCAGCAUCAACAACAGCAGCAACAUCUUCAUGCUCAGCAGCUCUUGGCCCAGAGUCAGUUGCAGCAGCAACAGCAACAGCAGCAGCAGCAACACCACCAGCAGCAACAACAGGCAGCCGCCGCAGCAGCUGGUGUGCAUGGCCAGCAUGGGGGACACGUGACGCACGCCGACAUCGGCGGUGCCACUGUCAUGGAGAUUGAUCCGAGCCAGAUUAAACACGAGCCGGGCAUGAUAAUAACGCCAGAGAUUGUCAACAUGAUGUCCUCCGGGCAUAUGGACAUGUAUAACUCGGAUACGAGUGAGGAUUCGAUGAUGAUCGCCAACGGUUCGCCGCACGAUCAGAAGGAACCGCACUAUACGAAUUUGGAUCAGCAGCACGGUCUGGGUGGCAGCGUUUGCGGCCCGGGGCCCGGCGGUGCUGGUGGCGGUGGGGGCAUGAGUGGUGGGGCUGGCUCUGGCUCUGGCGAGAAAGGUCAGUUUAAUGGUCCCAAAGCUUGGACACAAGAUGAUAUGAAUUCAGCUUUAGAUGCAUUAAAGAACCAAAACAUGAGCCUGACGAAAGCAUCCGCCAUUUAUGGCAUCCCAUCGACCACCCUGUGGCAACGUGCUCAUCGCAUGGGCAUCGAAACGCCCAAGAAGGAGGGCGGCACCAAGUCGUGGAACGAGGAUGCCCUGCAGAAUGCCUUGGAGGCGCUGCGUUCGGGUCAGAUAUCCGCGAACAAAGCGUCAAAGGCCUUCGGCAUCCCCUCCUCGACGCUCUACAAGAUUGCUCGGCGCGAAGGCAUCCGCCUUGCGGCGCCCUUCAAUGCCGCCCCGACCACGUGGACGCCCGAGGAUCUGGAGCGUGCCUUGGAGGCGAUACGGGCGGGUAACACUUCGGUGCAGAAAGCCAGCGCUGAGUUUGGCAUACCCACAGGAACACUUUACGGACGCUGUAAACGGGAGGGCAUUGAGCUGUCGCGUUCGAAUCCAACACCCUGGUCCGAGGAUGCCAUGAACGAGGCCCUGAACUCAGUGCGCGUUGGCCAAAUGUCCAUCAACCAGGCGGCCAUUCACUAUAACCUGCCCUACAGCUCGCUCUACGGCCGCUUCAAGCGCGGCAAAUACGAUGUGGUGGCCAACACGAGUGGCGUGGCGCUGUUGAACACCUCGGGCAACACCACCGGCAGCAUUGAGAUUAUCGAGCACAGUCAGGAGAAUUCGUUGCAUAUGUUACAGCAACAGUUCCCGUACAGUCCGUCGCCGCAUCCGCCAACGCCGCAGCAUCACAGCACGCCGCAGCACCACAGCUCGGCGCAGCAGGGUCCGCCGACGCCGCAGCACAUGCAGCAGCACGUGGUGCACAUGCAACAGCAGCAGCAGCAGCAACAGCAACAGCAGUCGCCCCAUCCGGGCCACCAUCCGCAGCAUAUGCAGCAGGACGUGGUUACAUCGAGCAGCCAGGUGGUGCACAGCCAACAGCAGCAGCAGCUUCAGCAGAUCUAUCAGCACCACGGGACGCCGGAGCGUAGUUGAGAAUCACUGCAUGCUGCAACAUUAAUGGGCAGCACCGGCGGUGGAGGAGGCGGUGGGGUUGGUGGAGUAGCAGCCAGUACUAGCGGCGGCACGGUGGCCAGUAGCACGCCCUUUGCCAGCAUUUCGGCGCUGGUCAGCGGACCGUCCAGUGCCCCACCACCGCCGGUAACUGCCAGUGGCUCGUCGGCAGUCAGUGGCGGCACCAGCAAGCGCAAGAAAGCCAACAAGCAAAAGCGUUGAGAGCAGGAGGAUGAUCAGCCACAAAGGGAGUUGGAAACAAUUGCAGGAGUGGCCAGGCCCGAGGACAUCAAGUUUAGAUUUAAUUGCAAGCACUGGAAGCGCAAGCUGCGGCAGUUUCAUUUGCUAUUGUCCAAACAGUAGUCAGUCAGUCAGUUAGGAAGGUACACACAUAUUUGAAUGAGCCACAGACAAAAAUUCCCAAGGGUAGGAUAAAGCAAUCACAAAGCCACUUUUCAACUAGAUGGACAUUAAUUACACAACCGAGAUGUGUAUAAAAUGUAAAUAUAUAACGAAAUAUGCUUUAUUUACAUUAUACGGAACAUAGUUAUAUAGGUUUUAGGUUCGAGAAAGUCCUUUGUUCUAGUUAGAUAAGGUGGAGAAAGGAGAAAGAUAAGAACAUACCUUGAACGUAAGUGAAUGAUGAAUUUUAGAUUUGCCUAGACUCGAAAGUUAAUGGAUUCGUUUUGGGCUCGCAGUUUUAAGAGCACUUUGUUAUCAAUGGAUAUAGACACGCGUAUUUAUUUUGGACUCGCGACCAUUCUGAAGACCUUGAAUCGGUAGUUGAUUGUGGAAUUUCGAACUAGAUUGUUUCCCCUUCAAAGCUUUGUUAUAAUUUUCGCUUAGUGUGAGACUGAAAGUGCGCCUAAAACUGUUGAAAAACCCAUGCCCAAUAUUAUAGUGAAGACGCAUACAACACAACCCAUACAUGAAUCAAAUGCUUUAUAACCAUAUUGUUUGAACAGAUAGAACGAAGUGGGAGAAUACCUUAACGUAGAAUUAAACCAAAUUAUCAAGGUCCUAGAACUUAAAUCAUUAGCUUGUAACGACAACAGAUCAGAUAAAAGAAAGGAACACGAGUUAUUUGAAUUUAACUGGAGGAGCCCGGAAUCAAUGGAUAUUGAUUUGAUUUCAACUGAAUUAAGAAUAUAGCCAAUAAAUAAAUGUAGAAAUGAAGUAAUUGCAAGGAAUCAACAAAUGGAAUGUAUUUUUGAUAGAACCGGAAACAGAAGCAGCUGAAAUAUGCGAAUCAAACUGCAAAUGUUGUUAAUACUAAGCUCUAAUGUCUAAUGUCCUUUGAAGUCGCACUCAAACAAAGAUUUAAAACAAGCUUGUAAGAAAAAUAAACCAAUAAAUACACACGUAUAUAUAUGGAUACAAAACACCUCUAAUUGAACUGUAAAAUGUCUUAGUGUAGCAGAGAAUGAAAGUAGUUAUAAUAUACAUUUCUUUAAAAAACAUUAUUCGAGCGAGUUUUAGAUACCCUUCGAAUCGGGGGUAGACCUAAUUGUUCUAUAUAAAAAUCCGACAACAAAUUUACCACAAGGGGAAUUAUAUUCAAAAUUUUGAAUUAGAAAUUUAAAAACGAAGAAAAUGUAAAAUAGCUUCCACUAGCGUAUCUACAUAUUUAGGAGUCGAGGAGGAAUGGAUACUGUAAACACCCAUCUGAAGAAACUUCAAACUUUUUGGUUUCAUCUCAACUAUGCGUGUGCGUAGAGCACUUGGAUAUCUUUGUAUAUACAUUUGAAUAGAUUUUUUAGUUGUUAGCUGACCUAUGGGAACAGGUAUCUGAAUAUUAUAAAAAUCAAAUGUUGCAAAUUAAUUUAUUUUAGCGUUAUAGACCCGUAGAACUGAAUGCAAUAUGCUUACCUUAAACUCAACAUAAUUUAAUUCUAUUCCUAUUAUCUUUAGUUGGAUUCAUUUUAAUGUUUUAUAGCAAAACUGUAUAUCAUUGUACAUUAAUUAAAGCAUACGGAGUAGCAUCUACAAGAGUUAGAACAACAAUAAAAGAAAAUAUCAUUAAACUUUGUUAAAAUUGUCGCAAGAGCAAUUAAAAAAUGAACCCAGCAACUUGAAGAAUCGAAAAUGAAGGCGAAUCACAGAAACGUAAAAAUAAUAAAAUAUUACAUUUACAAUUUUAAGCUAACUAAAUGUGUAAGAGUAACCUUUAACCACACAAUAUUAUAGCACAUUUCGGAUUAUCAAAUAUGCAUAUACAGCAAAUAUCUAUUAUAAACGGUAAAUGUAAACCCAAAAAGAAACACUGAAACAAUCUAUGUAACAGCCGAAAUAGCGAAAACAACCCAUGUAAUAAACAAACAACAUUUAAUGUAAUAUUGGUAUAACGUAAUUUUUAAAGUGAGGUACUAUAAAUAAAAAUUAUUGAAUAAUUA